UAUAUGCGGUGGUUUAGGCUCCUGACUGCGUGAUUCAUACGCACAAACGGUAUUACCCGUGUCAAAAUACUCUGGGUUACUGUGAGAUCUGGAAGCCAAAAAAACAAUUCCGAACUGUAUGUUCUCAGCAGAACCCUAAAUGCACCAACUUGUCUUUAUAACAGAGAAUGGCCUCUAGUGGAAGCACACAUAAACACCAAUUUGUCUUUACACGCUGCUUUCAUAUUAAUUCCCCAACGUCCUGCCUCGAUACUAUAACAUAAAAGGAUGUCCAACCCUGAGAAAUGACGCCCCCAUUCCCCCCCCUGAGCAGUGGGAAAACACACUACAGCAGUCCGGAGCAGAGCAGCUGCGCCAGAGUGCGGCGCAGCCGGGGAGGAGAUAAGCGAACGCCGCCGCUCUCAGUGCAGUUCUCCGGCUCCACUCGAGACGAGCCCUCUACUCUUUGCCUCUUGCCUUCAUUUCCCAACGUUAUACUAGGAGGAGAGGACGGGGCGCGUCUGUAUACUGAACGUAGACACUAGCCUACCGUGCGCAUACGGGGCGCGUAAAACACGGCGCUCCACACAGACUUGACGCGCUUUGAUGUCAUCCGGCAGUUCAGGGUCGGAUCGUUUAAUUUAUAACAGCGGGUCGACAUUAAACUAGACGCAUAUCAUAUCAAGAGUAAUCAUUACUCGCUUGCGGUCAGACAUGGAAGAUGGUCCGCCUUCCACAAGCUGUUUCCGAAGGUUCACGGACUGUUUCCUUGGCUCAAGUCUGACGGAUGAGAAAGUGAAGGCUUAUCUCUCCCUCAACCCGCAGAUGCUGGAUGAGUUUGUGCUGGAGAGUGUGAGUGCGGAGACCGUAGACAGAUGGCUGAAACGGAAGAACAGCAGCCAGUCUGCAGAUGAAUCUUCAGCUAAAGAAGUUAGCAGGCAGUACCAGGACACGAAUAUGCAGAGCGUCGUAUAUGAGCUCAACAGCUACAUGGAGCAGCGGCUGGACACUGGAGGAGACAACAAACUACUGCUCUAUGAGUUGUGCAACAUCAUCAAAACAGCCACAAAAGCUGAUGGAUUUGCACUUUACUUCCUUGGAGAAUGCAACAAUAGUUUAUGUUUGUUCACUCCGACCGGGGCAAAAGAGGGGCUUCCUGGGCUCAUCCCCUCUGGUCCCAUCACAUUUGGGACCACCAUCGCCGCUCACGUUGCAAAGACACGCAAGACACUACUUGUAGAGGACAUCAUGGGGGAUGAGAGGUUCCCUCAUGGCACAGGGCAGGACUCAGGGAUUCGUGUACAUUCUGUUUUGUGUCUACCCAUCCUCACCGCCAUUGGAGACCUCAUCGCUAUCCUGGAGCUGCACCGGCACUUGGGCAGAGAGCCCUUCAACCUCAGCCACCAGGAGGUUGCAACAGCAAAUUUGGCCUGGGCAUCUGUAGCCAUACACCAAGUCCAGGUCUGCAGAGGUCUUGCCAAACAGACAGAACUCAACGACUUUCUCCUAGAUGUGUCCAAAACGUACUUUGACAACAUAGUGGCAAUAGAUUCUCUACUUGAACAUAUCAUGAUAUAUGCAAAAAACCUGGUUAAUGCAGACAGAUGUGCGCUCUUCCAGGUAGAUCACAAUAACAAAGAGCUGUACUCUGACCUGUUUGAUAUCGGGGAGGAGAAUGAAGGGAAACCUGUCUUUAGGAAAACCAAAGAAAUUAGGUUUUCUAUAGAAAAAGGAAUAGCAGGUCAGGUGGCGAGAACAGGAGAAGUUUUGAAUAUUCCGGAUGCCUAUGCAGACCCUCGUUUCAACAGAGAAGUAGAUCUCUACACUGGCUACACAACGCGGAAUAUCCUGUGCAUGCCCAUAGUCAGCCGCGGGACUGUGAUUGGUGUUGUACAAAUGGUGAACAAGCUGGGAGGAAGUGCCUUCACUAAAACUGAUGAGAACAACUUUAAGAUGUUCGCCGUCUUUUGUGCUUUGGCCUUACACUGUGCAAAUAUGUAUCACAGGAUAAGACAUUCAGAGUGCAUUUACCGGGUGACGAUGGAGAAGCUUUCGUACCACAGCAUCUGCACGUCAGAGGAGUGGAAGACCCUCACACAACUCUCCCUCCCUUCAGCCAUAUAUAAGGAGAUUGAACUGUUUCACUUUGACAUUGCUCCUUUUGAGGAACUGUGGCCAGCAAUAGUUGUAUACAUGGUUCACAAUUCAUGUGGAAAAACCAGCUUUGAGCAGGAGAAACUGUGUCGCUUCACUAUGUCAGUGCGGAAAAAUUACAGACGAGUUCCAUAUCACAACUGGAAACAUGCUGUGACGGUGGCACACUGCAUGUAUGCCAUCCUACAAAAAACCACUGGGAUCUUCACUGAGCUAGAGAGGAAAGGCUUGCUGAUUGCCUGCUUAUGUCAUGACCUGGACCACCGUGGCUACAGUAACAGUUAUCUACAGAAGUUUGACCAUCCGCUGGCUGCCCUGUAUUCCACAUCCACCAUGGAACAGCAUCAUUUUUCACAGACGGUGUCCAUCCUGCAGGAAGGGCACAAUAUUUUCUCCAACCUGACUUCCAGUGAGUAUGAGCAGGUGCUGGAGAUCAUCAGAAAGGCCAUCAUUGCUACAGACCUCGCCUUGUACUUUGGCAACCGCAAGCAGCUGGCUGAACUGCUGGCCACAGGGUCGCUGGACCUGAACAACCGUGCUCACAGGGACCGUGUGAUUGGUCUGAUGAUGACGGCCUGUGAUCUCUGCUCUGUGACCAAACUGUGGCCCGUCACACGACUCACAGCCAAUGACAUCUAUGCAGAGUUCUGGUCUGAGGGGGAUGAAAUGAAGAAGAUUGGAAUGCAGCCCAUCCCUAUGAUGGACAGAGAUAAAAAGGAUGAGGUUCCCCAGGGACAGGUGGGGUUUUACAAUGCUGUGGCUAUUCCCUGUUACACCACCCUGUCAGAGCUGUUUCCUCCCUCCAGUCCUCUGCUUACAGCCUGCAGGGAAAACCUGGCCCAAUGGGAACGAAUCGUGCGAGGAGAGGACACCUCUGCAUGGGCUUCCACUGAAGAGGCCGAGCUGAGCGAGACAUCAGACAGUGGACCAGUAAAAGUGGACAACUAAAUCUGUGGCACCUGUCCCACAGCACCACCUACACCCUGCCAGAGACACUGGACUUCCUGUGGACAGUCCCACUUCCUGCAGAGACAGGAGGAAGCGCAGAGGGCAGGCUGGGAAGGAUACAUUCAAAAAAGUAAACAAAACAUAAUGUUACCUCAGUGGGUGACGGAGGCGUACACUCUAAUGACAUCAGGGCUCCCUUGUUGAUGGCUGGGACUCAAGUCUACUCUGUGUGGGAUCACUUCAGCAGAACGGCAGUACUUUUCCUUAAGAGGUUGCUUCUGCAUCUUUUCGCUUAGGUGAUUUUUUUUUUUUUUUCAGUUUCUUUCGUGGUCUUACAUUUGAAGAGGCCUUAAAUCCCAACCCGAAUUACGAUCUGGUUGGGUGACUCGUAACUAAGUUUAAAAUGGUACUUUUUAUCCUGCUGUGGUCAAAAUACGCAAAGCUUAUUUGAGUGGAUUUAUUUUUUAAGACAGACUGAACGAAUUUUGUCGCAGUUGAGGUGAAUGAAGCAUGAUAAACCCAAUGUCUGAUGGAUGUUUUCUAUAAUAUUUUAAGCAAAAUUGUUUUGCAGUACUUGAAUGAAGAAAUACAGCCUAUUCUGAGUGGAGUUAAAAACAAAAAAUCCCCUAAAGCGCGUCCUUCCAAAGCAAAGAGCUUUUGUGACGUCAUAAGUUUGACUCUGAACCUUACUGGAGUCACACACAAGUCACGGUGUUCCUCACUGAGAUCUGCAGCAUCUUCCAACCUGAUACGAAUUUAACCGGUUGAAGCUCAUAUCGCUAUUGACAUUUAAAAUAAGGAAUCAAAGGUUUAAUAAUAUUAAUAUAAUAAUAAAAUUCCUGCUCAUGCUAAUCCAUGUAAUGGCAGUGAAUAGUGAUCAGCUUCGCAGAAUAAAUCCAUGCGACUCGUGCAGAAAUUUUCAUUUCUGGGUGACCUAUCCCUUUAACUCUGUGAACAAACCCCCUUCAAAAUACCCCAAUCUAAAACACAAAAAUACUGACCAAUCCUAUCUUAGUAACUGGUGCAUCCACCAUAAAACCAGACAAACUGUUCUAUGUAAAUCUAUGAGAAUCCUGCAUGUUUAUUUUUUUUUUUAUUAAUUUUUUUUUUUUAAGGAAUUGGAUAGAAAUCAGUUUCCACAGCUCUUAAAAACAUCUAAUAAUGACAACAGAAAGAUAAACACAUUAUGUUUUCUUUUCUGAAUCUAAAUAAACCUUAAAAAGUUCAUACUGUGGAUUAAACUUUCUAACUCUCACUGCCAAAUCAACAUGAUUCAUAAGUCUUCAAAGAUUAUUGUUUUUGUGUAAUUCAAACACAUUCUUUACACAAAAUCAGCAGAGGAAUAAUGCUUUGCAAUGUCACACUUCUUCAUCGCUUAAUGCUCCAGUUUCUAUGGGACGUUCUGUAAAGUUUGUGUGAGCAAAAAACAGUAACCAAUGGGGCGGAGCUUAGUGAAGGGGCAAUUGAAAAUGCAACUGCACUUUCUGGAGAGUGAGGUCUAUGUCUUCUACAUAUGUAUAUGUAUGUUGUCAAAUGCAGGAUAAGGUGAAUUUCAAGUUGCGACCCAACAAAAAUGUUUGCUAUCAAUAUAAUGCCUUCAUUUCAAAUAGCUGAACUUUAUUUUAUUUUUUCUUCUUUGUAUCUGUAAGAGGCACCUGCAGUCCCUGCAGACAGUGAUGGAGCUCUGACUGACUGAUGGCCUUCUGUAAAUACUGCAGGACUGAUGAGUGAAUGUAAUUAAUACUGUCACAAACUGCUUCAAGAUGCCUGUUAGUUUUUAAGUGUACCAAAGGUGUGUACACCAUCGGAUAUGGGAAUGUUAAACAUGGCUUCCAAUGGUUGUGUCGGCAUGCGAUUUGUGCACUGUGUAGGCAGACUGGAGAUGUAAGCUACAUUCUAAUGGUGCUACAGUAUCUAAGGCAGUCAUGCACUUUCUGAUCCCGAGCGCAUGCGAGAGUGUGUGUGUGUGUGCGUAUGUGUGUGUGUGCGUGUGUGCGUGUUCACUCUGGAGUAAUGCUACCAACCCCCAUCUACUACGGAGUCAGAGUUGAGAGGCUCUAUUCAGCACCGCUCACCUCCGUCACCAAGAUCAUCCACAACCAGUUGUCUUUCCCCUCAUAUGCACUAUGUUUAGAGACUAUUAUUAUUGUUAUUAAUAUUAUUGCUCCUAUUAUAUUAUUAUUGAUUAUUACCAUUGUUAUUUUGUUAAUUAGAGUUAAAUUUUAAAUUAACUUAUAUUUUUUAUACAAAGUUUAGCAUUUUUGUUUUGUACAGAACAAAUUGUACAUUAUGGAAUAAAGCGAAUGGUCAUUUAGAGAAACUGCAUACUGUUGCCCGAGAUAAAUGUAUGAGCAGUAAUUACUUUUAUUAAAUAUUUCUGACAAAUACAAAUUGUGUAAUAUUUAUUCUGUGAAUUUUUGUUUAUUUUUUUAGGCAAUCAAUCUAUUUGCCAUCUUUAUUCAUAUUUGACAUGAAAUGGAAACAGCACUAUGUGCUAUUAUAUUAACUAAUAAAAUGAAUAUAUAGUAAGUAAUACACAAACAUUAGCCUUUUGUUCAGAAUGUUUUCUGUGACUUUUAAGCAGCAGGUGGCAUUGUGUUUUCACACACUUAUCCUAGCAGAUUAACACAAAUAAAGCUUGUACCUGAACAUGAUCCACAAGUGUCCAGAUAGCUCAUCUUAAUUUUGAACAUAUAUCUAGAAUGAAUACAGGUAAAGUGAGACAUUUCAGCUUAAUCAUCUUCAUUAAAAUCAGCAUUAAGUUUAUAAGUUUACGGUUAUGAACAGUCAGUUUUGUGAUUGUUGUUCUGGUAUGGGACAUAAGUGUGAAUCAGAUUUUCCUAAAAGGGGAGGGUUAGAAAUGCUUGCGUAAAGAGACACUGUUUGGAAUCCAGCUGUGAGAUAAACUCCUGAUCAUUGCUGCAGUGCUGAAGUUGUGACGAGUCCAUUCUGAAUCUUGUGCGUCUCGCGCCAUCUACUGGCAAAGCAUCUAUAAAUCCUCAUUUUAGCUUGUCAUAAACUUGUGCAAGCAGUAACCGUUCAGAGAAGUUGUGUGAACCGACUAAACCGAUUCAUUGAAAAGAGUAGACUCAACCCAACGAAGAUUCAAACUAA